GGAGAUCAAGGUAGGCGAACCCACGACGCCGCCGCCGAACCUGCCGAGCCCGACGCCUUCCCGACGCCGACGAACGUGGUCUUACCGAGCUUCGCCGAGCGCGGCGAGGACGUGGACGUGGACGACGACGGCGUAAACGAGCCCCAGCGGCCGACGCCCGUCGGCGGCCAGUCGAUCUGGAACCUCUUCAGUCCCGUGAAAGAAGAAACACCCGCCGAGAAGCGGCGGGACAGCGCCAUGUCCAUGGCGACGCCGGCCAACGACGACAUGUCGCUCGCGUCGCCGGACAACAAGCCCGUCGCCGCGCGCCACGUGUCGGAGCCGCCCGACACGCCGAAGGAGCCGCGCGAGACCGAGGCGUCGAAGAUGUCGUUCCUGAGCGUCUUCUCCUUUGGCGGCUCGCCGACGUCGCAAGACGCGCCGACGCCGACGCCCGUUCAGCCGGCGGCGGACGAGGUCGUCGAGAUUAAGGUCGAGGCGCCGGCGCCCGAGCCCGCGGUGGAGGUCAAAACUGAGGAGCCGCAGCCCGCGCCGGCGAAGAAGGCGUGCU